AUGGAAUCCUUUCCCGCCCAACAUGGUGAAGGUGGGCAGCAAAUAUCUGUAGAACCAGCAAACGAACACACCGAGGCAACACCUCUACUUGAACCUCCUGGUCAAAUCAAUUACAAGAGUCCUGAAGCAUCAUGGGUCCCUCCGUCGAGUUUUCUGUGGAUAGAGAUUGCCAUUUUCUCAAACGUUUUCUUGUCCGGAUUCGAUGGUACUAUCACUGCCUCGACAUAUGCCGUAAUCGGUUCUGAAUUCAACGCUGCGAACACAAUCUCCUGGCUAACAACUUCCUACCUCAUUACAUCGACUGCCUUUCAACCCCUCUAUGGUCGGUUUUCUGAUAUUCUAGGACGACGCAUUUGUUUCUUUACGGCAACCGUUACUUUCCUUCUAGGAUGCUUAGGGUGUGGAUUGGCCCCGGAUGUAGUUUCAUUGAACUUAAUGCGAGCUCUCACUGGCCUUGGAGGAGGUGGUCUCAUGACAAUGGCUACAAUCAUUAAUUCGGAUAUGAUACCGUUCAAAGAGCGUGGAAUGUACCAGGCUUGCCAGAACGUGCUUCAUGGCUUCGGGUCCAUUUGCGGAGCUUCGAUGGGAGGCUGGAUCGCAGACACUGUUGGAUGGAGGUGGUGUUUCCUAUGCCAAGUCCCUGUCUCCAUCUUUGCGUUUGUUGUGGGACAUUAUGUGAUCGAUGACAAGAGAACGCUCGACGUGGUCGUCGUACAGAGUCAGGAGCCAGAACCGAUAGUGAAGGUUUCACUCUGGAAACAGAUUGAUCUUAGCGGUGCGAUUCUGCUCAUUCUGGGUCUAUCUGCGCAAUUGGCAGCCCUGAGCAUGGGUGGCAACAACUAUACUUGGACCGAUAUUCGUGUCAUCAUUUCACUGAUCAUCAGUGCAGUGCUAUUAGCAUUGUUUGUGAUGGUCGAGAUCCGCACACAUGCAAUUCCUGUUAUGCCUAUGUCGAUGCUCAAGGGGCAACUCGCAGUCUCGAAUCUCAUAAGUAAUAUUUGUGUUGGAAUGGCAGCGUAUUCUUUUCUCUUCAUGAUACCUCUGUUCUUUCAAGUAGUUCUCAAAGAUUCACCCUCACAAGCUGGAUUGCGGCUGGUCGUCCCAUCACUUGCAACUCCUGUUGGUGGUCUUAUCGCUGGUAUUGUUAUGUCGCGUGUAGGAAAGCUCAGUUGGCUGGUAAGGAUGGGCUGUUUCCUCAUGAUGCUGGGCAAUGGUCUCGUGGCAUCCUUGCAAUAUACCGAGAGUGCAAGAUGGAAGUAUCUGCUCUACCUGAUACCAGCAAACUUGGGCCAGGGAAUGGCUUAUCCUGGUAUUCUGUUCACAUUCCUGGCUGCUUUUGAUCAUAGCCAACAAGCUGUCUCAACCUCAAUAGUAUAUCUUUCCCGCUCCCUAGGCACUGUUUGGGGAGUAGCAGCCUCAUCAGCCAUCAUUCAGAAUGUUCUCUCGUCGCAGCUCCCGCUAGCAUUAUCCGGGGUGACAAACAAGGAACAGAUAAUUGACGAAAUCCGUCACUCGGUCACGGUUUUGGAUACACUUCCAGUGGAAAUACAGUCAAUUGCACGGCACGUUUACUACAACGCUUUGGUCUAUUCUUUCCAGGCUAGUACUGCGGUGGGAGCGAUUGCAUUCAUCUCUGCAUUCUUUGCCAGAGGUGGAAAUCUCAAUAGAAAAUGA